UGCCUUGUGGUCCGACGCUUAGAUAGCUGAUGUUCUGCCAUUUCCACUUAGCUCCGCUCCCCAAACAAAUAGCCCUAACCCCAAAUCCUCCUAUCCCAUCGGCGCCAUGGUCGUUGCUCACCUUCUGACUCCCUGCUUAUUCUCUCCCGUUCACUCCCCUCGGCGACUCUCCCGCCUCCCUGCCUUCCGGGUUCAGAGGCGACGCGCCCCGUUGGUAGCCAGCCGUCGGCAGAAGCCAUGCCUCGCCUGUGGCGCCGACACUCUGGUCGCUCGAUCAGAGGGGAGCUCGCAGGUCCUCCCCUCCGACAAAGUUAGGGCGGAGGGAGCGGAGCUCAAAUCCUGGCUGCACCAGCAUGGAUUACCGCCGUGCAAGGUUGACCUUAAGGAGAGACCUUCGCAUGACGGGAAGCAUCGGCCUAUUCAUUACGUCGCGGCCAGUGAGGAUCUGCAGGCGGGUGAUCUUGUAUUUUCGGUGCCGAACUCAUUAGUAGUGACCCUGGAUAGAGUUUUGGGAAAUGAAACCAUCGCUGAACUAUUGACCACAAACAAGCUAUCUGAAUUAGCUUGUUUAGCACUAUAUCUCAUGUAUGAGAAAAAGCAAGGAAAGAAGUCAUUCUGGUAUCCAUUCAUCAGGGAACUUGAUCGCCAGCGAGGAAGAGGCCAGCUAGCUGUAGAAUCUCCUCUUCUUUGGUCUGAAUCUGAAUUGGCCUACUUAGAUGGCAGUCACACAAAGGCAGAAGUUCUUGGAAGAGAAGAAGGAAUAAAGCGAGAGUAUAAUGAGCUGGACACAGUUUGGUUCAUGGCUGGAUCUCUUUUUCAGCAAUAUCCCUUUGACAUUCCUACGGAGGCUUUUCCAUUUGAGAUUUUCAAGCAGGCAUUUGUUGCAGUACAGUCAUGUGUUGUUCAUUUGCAGAAGGUAACUUUGGCCAGAAGGUUUGCAUUAGUUCCUCUGGGACCUCCUUUGUUGGCUUACAAGAGCAACUGUAAAGCAAUGUUAACUGCUACUGAUACUUCUGUUCAACUAGUAGUUGAUUGUCCAUACAAAGCUGGAGAUCCUAUUGUCGUAUGGUGUGGACCCCAACCAAACUCUAGGUUGCUUCUCAAUUAUGGUUUUGUUGAUGAAGACAAUCCUUAUGACCGUAUACUAAUUGAGGCAUCUUUAAAUACAGAAGAUCCUCAAUACCAAGAAAAGAGAAUGGUUGCUCAGAGAAAUGGAAAGCUAUCUGUCCAAACUUUUCUUGUGCAUGUAGGUAGAGAAAAGGAAGCCAUAUUAGAGAUGCUGCCAUACCUCAGAUUAGGCUGCAUUUCCAAUGCAGCUGAUAUGCACUCUGUCAUUUCUUCUCAAGGCCCUACAUGUCUGUUAAGCCCAUGCAUGGAGAGAGCUGUGCUCGACCAACUUGUAAACUACUUUGAGGCUCGGUUGGUGGCCUACCCUACAACUUUGAUUGAGGAUGAAGAUAUGUUGGCAGAUUGCAACCUGGAUCCGAAGAAGCGAGUUGCAGUUCAACUAGUUAAAUUGGAAAAAAAAAUGAUUCAUGCUUGUUUGCAGGCCACUUAUGAUUUUAUACAUGAAUUACCAGAUGACACAAUAUCUCCUUGUCCAGCUCCUUUCAUGCCACAGUUGAAAAUUUAGGGAUAAAGAAGAUUAUAAGUAAAGCUCUUAAGCAGCAUCAAAUCAGCAUCGCAUAGAUGGUUUAAGACACCUAACUUUCUGAAGUGAAUGUUCGUCUGAUAACGUAUCGUUGCCAGUAAAUACUUCCGUGUAUUGAAAAGUGAAAACUGAUUUCUAAGGUCAUGGGGGCAAUUGCAGUAGCUGCGUUGUACAAGUUAGGUCUUUUUUCAAUACUUGCAAAGAUGCUUCUUCUAUAUGUUUUCUUAUUACUGCUACGUAUGUGCAUACUGUUUUCGAUAACUAGAGGACCCUAUUAUUUUAUUUCUUGUACAUAUUGUUGUACAUAAGUGGGGCGUCCUAUUGUUGUUUCUUUCUAGUAUUGCGAUUGUGUUGUGAAAUCACUACUGAUUCAGUUUGUUCAAUUGCAUCUGAUAACUGGGCUAGUUCAUGUUUGGCA